AAACAACUGGAACGGCAGCAAGAUGGCGGAUGUUGGUAAUUAGGAUUUGAAGUGAAGGAAAAUGGGGAAAUCCGACGUCGAAAAGUCGAAAGUUUCGUCUAGGAGUAAGAGGGAGAAAAGUGUUUUUCCCACAAAGGUUGUAAUCCGAAGGCUUCCUCCCAGUCUGACUGAAGAAAAGCUGAAAGAAUGUCUAGGUGCUUUACCCGAGUACGAUUUCUUUUAUUUUGUGGAUGGAAAGCUGAGCUUCGAUCCUGUGCUGUUUUCAAGGGCAUACAUUAAUUUUGUCAACCCAGAUGAUAUCAUCAAAUUCAGGGACCAGUUUGAUGGCUUCUUGUUUACUGAURACAGAGGUCAAAAUUAUCCAGCGGUUGUAGAGUAUGCACCAUAUCAAGGAACACCAAGGAAAAAGAACAGAAAGGAUCCCAAAUGUAACACAAUUGAACAAGAUAAAGAUUACAUUGCUUUUCUUGAAUCUCUUGAAAAAGAAGUUGAGCCACUACCAAGUAUAGAAACACACCUUGAGGAACUGGAGGCCAAAAAAGACAAAAAUGAUGAAAAGAAAUCCACUCCACUCCUGGAGUAUUUGAAAAUCAAGAGAAAYAACAGAGAAAGAGCGAGGCUGGAAAAUAGGAAAAAAAGGCAAGAAAARGAAGAAGCACCCAAGGCACUAAAGAAAAAUGCACAGUCCAGUAAAGACACCAAGGCACAAACURCACAAAGAGAGGACAAGAAUAAAAGCGGGAAAAAGACAGAUGGUCGAGAUGUAGGGAGGCGAGAUCAAGGUCGUAGAGAGGAGGCAAAGAAGUCUGUACGAGAGAACAAGGAUUUUCCAUCGGAUAAAGAGGGUAAACCGCAAAGGAGUCAAAAAGAACGUGAACGAGAAGGAAAGAAUCGCCCUGAUUCUGCUCGGCCAAACAGCCGUGCUGAUGAUCGAAGAUAUGGAAACCGUCGUGAACGUUCAGACAAUAAUAGAMGGGAUAAURUGGACACAUCUAAGGGRCGCGAAGAGAGAGGAAGAAGAUUCAAUGAUAGAUACUCAGAUGAACGACGUGACAGCCCCUCGAAUGACAACCGAUCAAAUAAUAAAACUAGAGAGAAUGUUGGGAAAGGAAAAGGGAAAGAAGAAUCACCUAAGAAGAACGAGUCAGAGAAAGAGACUGCACGAGGUGGAGCAGAUAAAAGAGAACAAGAUAAAGAAAAGGAUGCAAUKAAAAGAAAGGAAAGUGAACGGGARCGUGAACGAGAAGCAAACCGCAUAAAGAAUAAGGAUCGCCCUGAUAGAGCUAUCUAUCAACCUCGAUCAAGAACCACAAGGCCAAACAGUGCUGAACAAGUGAAAGCAGAAACAAAAUUAAGUCCUGACAAGGCAGAAGGAAAUGAAUAUAAAGGACGAGAUAAAGAAARACGAGAUACCAAAGACCGCGACAAAACUCGUGAAAGAAACCGUGACCGUCGUGGAGGGCGUGACAGGGAAYGGGACAAAGAAAGAGAUCGGUAUCGUGAACCAARAGAACCAAGAGAACAAGAUWGUGUCAGAAAAAAUGAUCGUGAUCAUUGUGAGACAACUCCCAAAGAAUCCCAAAGUGUCAAUCAAGAUAGRGAAAGCAAUGGCUAACCUUACUGUUCCAUGACAACUGUUUCAAAAAUGGUGUAUUUGUGUUGAAUUUAUUGAUUGACACUUAGUGUACAUAUACAAAUUGAAUAAAAUUGAUGUUGACACCUA